AUGACGGUAGUAAAACCAACUCAUUUCGUGGUGGUUCCACUUGCCAUGUGGGGCCAUCUUAGACCUUUAUUGCAUCUAUCAUUGAACCUUUUGGCCGUUCAUCCCAAUCUUCAUUUGACACUCCUUGCGGCACCUUCUGUUCUUCCAAAGGUAGAAUCUGAAUUGAAAUCAACUUCUUUCGCUCAUAUCUAUACGCCAUCUCCUACCACUUCAGGAACAUCCACUCCUUCCCUCGGAGCCAGUGCAAGUGCAAGUGCAGGUGCAAGUACAGAUGCUCAUCAUACAUCAUCAAAAGAACAACAGCAAGAGAAUAAAGCUAUUGCAGAUAGACUUCAAGUCAUCACUUGUAUCUCACCAGAAUUUGAUUUACCUGAGCAGUGGGAUCCAGCAACUAUGGCUAAAGAAGGUGUGGAUUAUGCCAAAACGAUUCCUGCUUUCCUCAAAGACUUACUCGGUAAAGAACAUAAGAUCCAAGGAAUCAAUAACAAGUUUGAAGAUAUAGCCCCAGACUUCCUUAUUUUUGACGUCUUCAAUUUUUUCAUUCCGGACGUCAUGAGAGCGGUUUCUUGUGAGAGUGGAAACAGAGUUAUCCCUUUGAUAGGUUUCGUUCCUAGUAAUGCUACUGCUUCUUACCACACUUUUGCUGAGGAAGAAAAGGGGGGAUCAUUCGCUAAAAUGCUUCGAUUGGUGAAAGAAGAUGUGGCAAAAGGUCGCGACACCACAGAGGCUUAUGGCGAACAUUCUUUUGCAGCUUAUGGGCAAGUGAAGAAACUUCCCGGUUUGGCUGAUAAAUUUGACUGGCCCAAUAUGGCUACGAUCCCGUUCCCUCCAGGAACAUUCAUGGCCGUGAUUCCAAGUGUCCAAUUGACAGACGAUGAGAAUAUGACUGGAUUGAUUUGUCCAACGACUGCUGAAAUUGAAAUGGAGGCAGUGGAGGCGUUGGAAAAGGAUCUAGGUAAGAGGGUUUAUAUGGUAGGACCGCAAUUUCCUGAAUCCUCUUGGAUUGGAGAACAUCCCAUACCGAAAGCGUCCAAUGCCGAAGACGAGAAAGUGUACAGAUUCCUUGACGAUAUGGACGAGAAGUAUGGUCCCAACAGCGUCAUCUAUGUCAGCUUUGGAUCAAUUUUCUUCCCUGUCUUACGACCUGAGAUCAUUCGAUAUAUCCUUCAAUCACUCAAGCAAGCUGGAUUCCCAUUCCUAUUUGCUCACGCAUCAGGAAUGGCUCAAAUCCCCGAUGAACUCAUCAAAGAGCUUGAGGAAUAUGACGAUUGCUGUAUAGUCAAUUUCGCUCCGCAGUGGGAUGUGGUCAACCAUGAUGCUACCGGCUUCUUUUUGACUCACUGUGGAUCAAAUAGUACUGCAGAGGCAAUUCUAGCAGAGCUUCCUUUGGUCACGAUGCCUUUUGCUGCCGAUCAAGGAGAAUUCGCUGCAUUACUUACCGAAGUUUACAAAGUCGGAAUCGACCUCAAGCAAGUGAAGACUUUCUCUAAGCCUGAAUACAAUAAACUAUACGAUGGUACAGUCGUUUUAGGCACAGAGGAUGCCAUCAAAGAGGAAUUGCACGAGACUUGGAACAAACUUAGAGGACCUGAAGGUGAAGUCUUAAGAACCAAUAUGAAAAAACUUAAGUCUACUGUCAAGCAGAGUUGGGUAAAUGGUAGAUCCAAGAAAGAUAUGUUGGCUCUUGGGAGAUGUUUCGAAUAA